AUGUGGACGUGGCAGAGGCUGCGGCAGUUCCGCUGGAUGUCCGCUUCGGCUUCAGCCCAGAGCUCCGUGAAACCGAAAAGGAUUAGUGAAACUCCCCGGUACGACAUUGGCCUCACAGUGUCCGAUCUAGCCCCGGGUUCAUCCAACACACCAGCCAGAGGACAGCCUUACCCUUCACCGCUGCUGGGAGAUUUAGGGAUGAACUGA